AAUGCUUAGGAAAAUGAAACUUUGUAAAGUUGUCGCGAUAUUAGAAAAUUUUGCUCCACUAAAACUUGCCGGCUCAUGGGACAAUGUCGGACUAUUAGUCGAACCAUCUUCUCACACUGUUAAGAAAAUGCUUUUGACCAAUGAUUUAACCAAAAGAGUCCUAGAAGAGGCUAUAGAAACCAAAUCUGAUAUGAUAUUAAGCUAUCAUCCACCAAUUUUUAGCCCAUUAAAAAGAUUGACCCAAUCAAGUUGGAAAGAAAGAAUCGUCAUAAAAUGUCUAGAAAAUAAAAUAGCUGUUUUUUCACCACAUACUUCCUGGGACGCAAUUGAAGGUGGUGUUAAUGAUUGGCUUAUAAAACCAUUUGAUAAGAUAAUACAGAAUUGUGAAGCUGUUGAAAAAAUUGAUGGAAUUGAUUAUUCAACGACUUCUACUAAAGUUGGCUAUGGCAGACGUGCCAACUUGAAUAAGUCAAUAGCUUUGAAAGAUGCCAUAGAAAUUGUAAAAACUCAUCUAAACAUGCAAAAUGUUAGACUUGCUUUCGACAACAAGAAAACAAUUGAUGAUAUUAAGAUAAAUUCUAUCGGAGUAUGUGCCGGCUCUGGUGCGAGUGUUUUGCGUUAUGCCAAAGCUGAUUUGUUAAUAUCUGGUGAAAUGUCUCAUCAUGAAGUUUUGAACUACGUUGCUGGUGGGUCUUCAGUUAUACUCUGCGAGCAUUCGAACACUGAAAGAGGAUUUCUAAAGCAUAUACAAGCUAAACUUUCGGAACAACUGGAAGACUCUAUAGAAGUGUUGGUAUCGUCCACAGAUGCCGAUCCCUUACAAAUUGUUUGA